AUUUCUUUGUCCGUCAGUUGGCCGAGAAGCUCAAAGUCGAUCGCAUAAUGGCCACGGAGUGUGUUAGAAGCCAUCAGCAGUUAGUCCUGCUAGCCCUUGGCACCCUGCUCCUCUUGGGGAGGACCACCAUCCAGGCGUUGGAGUGCUACAACUGCGACUCGGCGGAGGACAAGGAGUGCGCCACACGGCCGGGCCAGCAGCUGGAGGUGGAGGAGUGCCAGCAGACGAACGACGUGUGCGUGACCUCGAUAUCGGCGGGUGUGACCCGGAGGGGCUGCCUGGCCCGGCUCUAUCCGAAUGGGUACUGUGCCGCACCUUGCGAUCAGUGCAAUACGAGCCUGUGCAACCGGCAUGUCUAUCCGGCGGAUCGAUUGCGCUGCUACCAGUGCAGUGGCUCCGACUGCAUCGAUGUGACCAGCAAGCCCCACCUCCUGCUGCCCUGCCCCGUCUACCGGGAGGAGGAUCGCUGCUACACCAAUGUCAUGCACCUCUCGAACACCCAGAGGGGCUGCGAGUACACCAACCUGCCCACCACCUGCCCCCACGUCUGCCUCAAGUGCAACUACAAUGGUUGCAACAAUGAGAAGACCGUCACCGAAUCCCGCUGCCUCCAGUGCACCCACCAGCGUCUAUCCCCCAAUCCCGACUGCCUCCGGAAUCAGCAGCCGGAGGAGGAGGGGGACGACACUCCGGAGCAGUGCUCCCUCAGCAACGUAACGGUCACUCAGUGCGUCAACAAGGUGAUGUACGGACACCGGGAGAACUGCUACACGCAUCGCAACACCCAGACGGAGGUACUGCAGCGCGGCUGCUCCACCACCAUGGGCUUCUUCCCGACCGGGGAGCUGAGCGAGUGCCACGGGGAGAUGUGCAACAGCCAGUGCCAGGACAUCGCCUGUGCCGUGUGCAACUCCACCGCGGAUGCGGGCUGUCGGGAGGGGAGGAGUCUGGUCACCGAGAAGUGCGCCGCCGGCACCACAGCCUGCUACUCCUGCGAGCAAGAUACCUUCUUGCGACGUGGCUGUGCGGAUGCGAACUUUACUCCAUCGGCCGUGGGCGAGUCCUGCCAGCUGUGCCGGAGCAGCGACACCUGCAACCGCUACUCCGUCCGGAGCUGCUAUCGCUGCAACGGCCAGGACGAGGACACGGACUGUGCUAGUAUGGCACUGCCCAGUGCCAUGACCACCAGCAACUGCUCCAGUGCGACGGAAUUGUGCGUCAGCACGGUGGUCAGUCGACUGGAUGGCAUCUAUACGGUGAGGGGAUGUGCCGGCCAAGUGCCGGAAUGUUCGCUAAACGAUCCGUACUGUGUCCGGUGCAACGGAAGUCUCUGCAAUGUGGCAGCCACGCUGUGGCGGAAGAGCCAGUUGCAGAUGUCAGCAGAACAGUCGCAGCCACAAAUUCCGGAUAACUGGUGGUCACUACUGGACUACUGGUGGUCCAGGAAGCUUCGAUGGAAUGGAUAGAAUAUUUCUUUUGUAUUUUUUUUUUCAUUUUAAAUAAAUAUGAAUAUUAAUGGUGAGAGAAAGAAUUCUGAUAAGGGGGUGGGGUGGUUAUGAUUCAGAGAAAAAAUAAGUCCAGAGAUUACGCCCCAAAUAUGGGUUUUAAUUUUUGAUUAAAUAUUAUUUCAAAAUAGUUUUAAACUCUAAGAAUUACUUCUAUUUUUAUGAUUAUUAUGAUUUUUUUUGUAAUUUUUUUCCAUCACUAGAAAAUAUUAAGAUUAAAGCCACAAGUCGUUUAGUUCCAGUUUCCAACUGGUU